AUGGUUGUUACCAAGUACAUUCUGCCCGCCCUGGCUGCGGCCUCGACUGCUUUCGCAGUUUCUGAUGCUUGCGAUGGCUCGUCCGACCCCAUCACCAUCCAGAACCAGGGAGAUGCUUCAGCUCUGAGCAGCUGCUCGACCGUCAAGGGUGACAUCGUUAUCGCUGAGCACACCACCGGUGGUAUCUCUCUGGACGGUGUCGAGCAGAUCACUGGUAGUCUCUCCGCCAACGGAGCCGCCAACCUCACCUCCCUGUCUGCUCCCGAGCUCACGUCUAUCGGAGACACCUUCAAGCUCGAGGGACUGAUCAUUCUGACCGACCUCAGCUUCGGCUCUCUGACUUCCGUCGGUUCUAUCGACUGGGCUGCUCUGCCUAACCUCCAGGCGCUCUCUUUCACUAAGGGUGUCAGCAAGGCCGGAUCGGUCUCCAUCACCAACACUGGUCUGACCAGCCUGAACGGUAUCACUCUCGACAGUGUUGGUAACUUCGACAUCACUGCCAACACUGCCAUGGACACCAUCAACGUCAACGACCUGAAGAAUGUCACUGGUCUCCUGAACAUUGCCGCCAACGCUCCUUCUCUGAAGGUUACUCUGCCCAACCUCGGCGGUGCUCAGAACAUCACCAUCCGCAAUGCUAGCAGUCUCUCUAUUCCCUCGCUCAAGGAGCUGUCCGGCCAGCUCGGUCUGUUCGGCAACACCUUCAAGGAGUUCUCCGCGGCCAACCUGACCAGCACUGGUGACCUGGUUUUCGACAACAACGGCAAGCUGUCCAACCUCUCCAUGCCCCAGCUGACCACGGUCAACGGUGGUUUCACCAUCAGCAAGAACGAUGAUCUCGAGGACAUCACCGGCUUCCAGAAGCUGCAGACCAUUACUGGUGCUCUGGACUUCACUGGAGAGUUCAACAAGGUCGAUCUCCCCGCUCUGAAGCAGGUCAAGGGUGGUUUCAACAUGCAGUCCACUGGUAACUUCUCUUGCUCCGACUUCCAGGACAUCAAGUCCACCGUCCGUGGUUCUUUCACCUGCAAGUCUUCCACUCCUGACCCCACCACCUCCGACGGCUCCUCUGGCACCAGCUCUGGUACCAGCUCUAGUUCCUCUUCCUCCUCUACCGCCAAGUCUGCUGCCAGCCUCGUUGACAUCAACGUCCCCGCUGUUGCCCUCAUUGCUGCUUUCGGUGCCAUGCUCCAGGCUCUGCUGUAA